AACACUCUAGAAAUAUUGGAAAAUUCUAGAGUAAAAAAUGAACAUGCUAUGACUCAAAAAACAAGCAGCACUUGUAAUGCUAUUACUUUCACCGAUAAAGGUGUAUCUACAAAAUUAAAAUUUUUAUAG